GGUUAGCCAACAUGAUACUUUGACAGUAGUGUUUGAGUGUUGUGAUAAAAUACUUCAAAUUGUAGUCAAGUGAAUUUCAUCAUUUAAAAUUUAUUGCAUUAUGGAAGUGUUAAAUUUAAAAGAGGGUGAAACCGUGUUAGCAGUAUGUGAAGAAGGUGCAAAAUCACUUUCUAACCCCACCUUUAAAAACAUAAAAAACCUCAAAUCUCCAAAUGAAUUAUCAGGACUCACUGAAAAUGCAAAUGAUUCUAUUUUGGUUGAAGUUCCUCAGGAACAGAUUACAGACUCUUUAACAAAACAAUUAUUCAAGUUGUGCAAACCUGGGGGACAAUUGUGUAUUAAUAAGAUCAAAGAUUUAGACAAUGUAGAGCUUAAUUUGAAAACGAGUGGUUUCACUAAUGUCCGUAGUGAAAACGGUUGGGUGAUCUCAAGUAAACCCAAAUACGAAAUUGGGUCUUCUGCAAAACUUAACCUCAAAAAACCCGCAGCCGCAGUAUGGAAACUGGAUGAUGCGGAUGAAGAUGAAACUAUAGAUCCUGAUAAUUUGCUUGAUGAUGAGGAUUUGAAAAAGCCUGAUCCGUCAUCACUUCGGGUUUGUGGAACCACUGGUAAACGUAAGGCUUGCAAGGACUGCUCUUGCGGCCUUGCGGAGGAACUUGCACAGGAGGCGAAAACAGGCCAAGUCGUAGAUACAGCUAACGCCCCGAAAUCAUCCUGUGGCAAUUGCUACUUAGGAGAUGCCUUCCGUUGCGCGAGUUGCCCUUACCUAGGAAUGCCGGCCUUCAAACCAGGUGAAAAGAUCCAACUAAGCGAUAAUCUUUUAAAGGCAGAUAUUUAAUUAAUUCCACAUAGCCAGUAUAUGUAUAAAUAUUCUAUUAAUAAAAGCGUUAAAUAAA